AAAAAAAAUAUAACAAAUUAUUUUUUCCAUAUUAACGUAUUAACGUCCACGUUUCAUUUUUUCUAUCAUCACGAUUUACGUGUAUCAAGCCUUGGUGACCAAUUCAAUUCGAGAUGAAGAGAUCAAGAGAUGAAGAGCUCAAAAUUGAACCGACCGUGGAUUCGCAUAGUAAUCGUGACCUCACUGCUGAUGAUCCGGAUCCAGAACUUGACAGAGGUUUGAUGAGUGCAGAUACGGAGCAGAGAAGAGAUGAGAAGGAAGAGGAGAGUCAUAGAGAUAUGUAUAGUGAAGCACUUGCUUUCCUUGAAAAAGUCGAGGAGAAGUUAGGAAAUCCUGAGGAUUACCAAAAGCUUUUGGAGUGCCUACAUACCUACAGAAUAGAAACAAUUACCCGACAAGAAUUACAGGCAUCGGUGGGCGAUUUAUUGGCAGAACAUGCCGAUCUUUUGGAGGGAUUUAAUGAUUUUUUGACACAAUGUGAUGACAAUGAAGGAUUCCUCGAUGGUGUCUUGAAUAAAAGUUUGUAUGAGCAUCAUGUGCUUGUUUACCAUAAAAAAGUGAAGAAGACAUUAAGUGAUCCUGAGGAUUUUGAGAAAUUUUUGAAGUGCCUAUAUACCUACAACAGAGAAUUAAUUACCCGAGAGGAAUUGCAUGCUUUGGUGGAAGAUUUACUGGGAAAACAUGUAGAUCUUAUGGAGGGUUUUAAUGAGUUUUUGACACAAUGUGAGGAAAUAGAGAAUGAUGCACGAGAGCUUUCUGAAAAACCAACGGAUAUAGUUGAUGAUGUUGAAGGGUCAUCAAAUCUUUCUUGAGUUGUAAAAUUCUAGGACCAUUGUGUUGCUAAAAUGAGUCAUGCGUGCUUACAAUUUGGCAGACAUAAAACUAACUACAUAGGAGUAAGAGUUGUUAUUAUAUAAUCAAAAUAUAAGCUUCUCCAUUGAAAUUUCAUUAUGAAGAUGUUUUACUUUA